AUGGGUUGGAGAUCCAAGGAACUGGAGCGGCCUUUCAAGGGGGUAGCGGUCGAGCACAUACUGAUGGUUGUAUGGAGCGCUGGUCUUGCGUCCUGCAACUCCCAGUAUGACCGCCGAAGUUGGGUGCUUCAGGGGCUCUGGUGCAUACUUACAGCAACUUUGCAGGUGGCGGCCGAGCGCUUGGGCAGCAACUGGAGAAUCUUGAGUCGACUUGAGUAUAUAAGACGUCUCAAGCUUGCCUCGAGGCUUUGUAGGCCCGCUCGCCGCGGUUCGUGA